AUGCUGGAGGGAGACCUGGUGUAUGUUGGUGGGGUUCCAGGUGAAGAGGGUUCAGCUGAUUGGGGGGGUCAUUUUAAGGGCUGCCUGCAGGACCUGAGACUAGACGAUGUGCAUCCGGAUGUGGAAGUCUGGAAUAGUACCCUCAGUGAGACUCUAUUUAUCUCCAGUGAUGCAAAAAACGUGCUUCCUGGAUGCAUAAGUGAUGACAUAUGCAAGGUGGAGCCUUGCUUAAAUGGUGGAGAGUGCACAGUCACAUGGAAUGACUUUACUUGUUUCUGUCCAUGGAAUUUCACUGGAAAGACAUGUGAAACUCGGGUUUGGUGUGUCAGCGACCCGUGCGUAAAUGGUGGACGCUGCGUGGAUCUGUUGGAUGGUUUUGAGUGCAUUGCUAAUGCGACUUUUGACAACACACCCUUACACUACAGUGCUAAGGGAUCUCUAGUUUACCCGGUGACCAAUGUGACCAUGGAUCUCCGUACAAGGCAGGAAAAUGCCAUAUUACUUCGUGCAUGGAGAGGGGCGGAGCUUCUACUGAUUGGUCUUGUGGAUUCAGCCAUUCAUGUGGAGCUCCAAACUGAGAACAGCGUGGAACCAGUGAUAUUCUCUGGACAGAGACAGAUUGCAGAUGGAAACUGGCAUCACCUGCUGGUUGCCAUGGCCAGUCCAGAACGUGAUGCAUCGCAGUGGUUCAUUUUGGUGGAUGACAUCAUCGACGGUAGCAGUGCACCGGAACUUGCUGGUAGUUUAAGUUUUCUUAAAGAUUUGUUAAGUGAAGUUGCACUGGCAGAGACGUACACAGGAUGUCUAGGCGCUGUCAGAGUGGGUGAGGUUUACCUUCCAUUUGUAGACAAUGCCAAAUCACCCCAAACAUCGCGGUUUUGGCGACGACAUGAUGAGCAUGUGCGCAUAGGCUGCUUUGGUGCUCCAGUGUGCCGCUCUCAUCCCUGCAGACGAGGUGGUACGUGUGUGGAUCUCUUCAAUACAUUUGGCUGCCAGUGCCCAUCAGGCUGGGAAGGGAUCACCUGCGAGAAAGAAACAGACGAGUGUGUCUCAGGACCCUGUCUUCAUGGCAAAUGCAAAGACAAGUUUAAUGGGUUUGACUGCUUGUGUCACCCAGGAUAUGCUGGACCUACAUGUUCAGAAAACAUAGACGACUGCAAAGGAUCGAAGUGUAAGAAUGGGGGAACCUGUGUGGAUGGAGUUAAUGACUUCACCUGUAUCUGUCCACCUAAGUACAGCGGAACACGUUGUCAGUAUAACUACCCUCCUCUAAAGUGUGAACUGGAUGUUGAAUGUGAAAAUGAUGGCGUUUGUUAUGACACUCAAUGGGGGGCAAACUGCACCUGCCCUCCAGGAUUCACAGGAGACAGAUGUGAGAAAGAAAUUGAUGAGUGUGCAUCUAGCCCAUGUCUAAACGGUGGAUCGUGUCUGGAUCUGCUGAACCGGUUUCAGUGUUUGUGUCCAGCAGGAUUCAGUGGCCAAUUCUGUGAAACAAAUAAACAAGCUCAGCAAGAACAUAUACCAUGGUUGGCAAUAGCGGUUCCAUUGGCAUGUGGCUGUAUCCUAUUGGUGGCCAUUGGACUCAUUUUUAUGUUGAUGACAGCACGCAGGAAGCGGCAAUCUGAAGGAACUUAUUCCCCAAGCCAUCAGGAGAUUGCUGGUGCACGCCUGGAGAUGGAUAGCAUGCUGAAAGUACCACCUGAAGAGCGACUAAUUUGAACACACAAACAGAUGUAGAUAAAGGGGCUCUAAUAUUAUCUGUGUGACUCUGGAACUACACUGGAACUUUCCAAGACCUUGUGGUAUUACGGAGCCACAGUGAGAAGCAAGUGCUACAUCAAACAAGCAACCUGAAGAUGUAUGGUAAUACGAGUGAAAUAGGAAAAACAGGAAGGCAUUAAUUAUGGUUGAUCUUUUGUGGAGACCUAAAACUUUGGAACUUAACCGGCAACUCUCUCAAGUGUAGUUGAACUUGAACUUGGUGAUUAUUUACCUCAUGGCAUUGUAUGCCGGAAAGGCUUUGACAAAUACUUCAAAGAGACGGAAAUAAGAGUUCACAUGCAUCCCACAGCAUGUAAAAUCUUUAACCAAUCCCUCUCAAAGAUCAGCACUAUAAUGCUAAUGAAGGAGUGAGCAACAUUUUAAAAAAAGAAAAAAAAAAAUCACAGCAUUUGAAUGUACAAGGUAUGUCUGUAGCAAGACUGUUAACUAGCUACUAUUCCUGCUGUAGGCUACUACACUGGAUAUGAUAAUCAACACUGAGGAAUGUGGCUUCAUAUUCAUGCCGAUGUGAACAAUUAGCCAUAUAUUAGCAUUUUCAAGAGUGGAAAACAACUGAAACUAGGUACCCUUUUAAAGUAAUGCAUUUUCUUAAAAUAAAAACUGGGCGUUGCUGCUUUGCGUACUUCAUUGCAUUGUUGCCUUCACAUUGUGUCAGAAUUACCCUAAUUAUGAGUUCCCGAAUACUAAAAGCUUUUACGUCUUUGCUGAACGCACAAUCACAAGUUUGUAAGAAAUAACAAAAAAAACUUUUUUCAUUUUGAACAGAAAAAAAGCUCUGGCUUUAUUUGACUGUUGUUACAUCAUGUAUAAACAACCAAAAAUGCUACAAGUAAUGCUA